UCUCUCCCCAGCCCUCUCUCUCUCUUCAGCGCUUCCUCUGGGUUGGUCUGAUCCUAACUGCUGCCAUGGCGAAACCCCUGGAGAAUGCCCUGGAUGUGAUGGUGACCACCUUCCACAAGUACUCGGGCAAGGAAGGGGACAAGUUCAAGCUCAACAAGUCGGAGCUAAAGGAGUUGCUGACCCGGGAGCUCCCCAGCUUCCUGGGGAAAAGAACAGACGAAGCUGCUUUCCAGAAGCUGAUGAGCAACUUGGACAACAACAAG